AAAUAACUUUAUCUAUGCGAGCUGCAAGUCCCCAGUUGCUCACUUGCCAGACAUUUGAACAAUAUUAAAUUUUUAAUGCAUCUGCGGGCAACGCAUUUCAUGCACAGGCAACCGCUGUCACCGCCCCCGGCUCUGCCGCUGCCUCUGCCUCUGCCUCUGCUGACCUUGGCAGUCUAGAGUGUCAACAACAACAACAACAAAAACAGUAACAACAAUGGCUAGCAGCAAUGAUACGACGCCGCUCUAUUGCGGCACGGGCAUGGAUAAUUUCCAUACGAGCUAUAAGAACAUGCACGGCUACAUCUCGCUAGUGGUUUGCAUACUUGGCACCAUUGCCAAUACCUUGAACAUCAUCGUGCUGACGCGGCGAGAGAUGCGCUCGCCCACGAACGCGAUUCUGACGGGCCUGGCCGUGGCGGACCUGGCCGUCAUGCUGGAGUACAUACCGUACACGGUGCACGAUUAUAUACUGAAGGACAGUCUGCCCCGGGAGGAGAAGCUGAGCUAUGGCUGGGCCUGCUUCAUCAUGUUCCACUCGAUCUUUGCCCAGGUGCUGCACACGAUCUCCAUCUGGCUGACUGUGACGCUGGCCGUGUGGCGCUACAUUGCGGUGGGCUAUCCGCAAAAGAAUCGACUGUGGUGCGGCAUGCGCACCACCAUAAUAACCAUCACCACAGCGUAUGUGGUGUGUGUCCUGGUGGUUUCGCCCUCGCUCUAUCUGAUCACGGCCAUUGCCGAAUGGAUGGAGCAGCUGGAUGCGGACGGCAAUGUGAUAAAGAGCGUGCCCGUGAGCCAGUACUUGAUCGACUAUCGAAAUGAGCUGCAAGCCGCCGCGUUUCCAACACUAAAUGCCACGCCCCUCAGCCUAAUGGCCAACGAUACCCAAGGGCUGAACGUGAGCGUGUUGAGCACCACGCCCAUGCCGACCACCGCUGUGCCCCCGCCCACUGUGGUGCGCAACGUGACCGUCUAUCGGCUGUCCCACAGCGACCUGGCCCUGCACAAGCCCCUGCUGCUGAAUGCCACGUUCCUGAUCUACAGCGUGGUCAUCAAGCUGAUACCCUGCAUCGCACUGACCAUACUCUCGGUGCGACUCAUCCUGGCGCUGCUGGAGGCCAAGCGGCGACGCAAGAAGCUGACCAGCAAGCCGGCCUCGACGACGUCGACGGCGGUGGCGUCCAGCAACGGCACCAAGACCGUGGUCAACGGCAAGUCGGCCGAGCGGCCGCGCAAGAACAGCAAAACUCUGGAGAAGGAGAAGCAAACGGAUCGCACCACACGCAUGCUGCUGGCGGUGCUGCUGCUGUUCCUCAUCACCGAGUUCCCACAGGGCAUCAUGGGGCUGCUGAACACGGUGCUGGGCAAUGCAUUCCUGCUGCAGUGCUAUCUCAAGCUGAGUGACCUCAUGGACAUACUGGCUUUAAUCAAUUCCAGCAUCAAUUUCAUACUCUACUGCUCCAUGAGCAAACAAUUUCGCAGCACAUUCACGCUGCUGUUUCGCCCGAAGUUUCUGGACAAGUGGCUGCCCGUGGCACAGGAUGAGCUGACGGCGACCAGGGCGGAUGGGCUGCAGCGCUCGGUGGUGGCGGCGGCACCUGACAAGUGUCAGUCGAUACACAAGCAGCCACAAGUGGUGACACUGGCUGCCACCACCACUACAACAACCACCCAAGUGACGAAUCUGUAGCACGCAACACAGCAGCAGCUGCAAGCGCCUGGUCAUGUGGCUGGCGACAAUACCCGGGAGCAGAGGCCAUGCCAUGCCAUUGUCGUCGUGGUGAACAGUGGCAGCGGUGCAGUGGAUCAUCGUCUGUGCAGAGGCGAAGCGUUGCCACUCACGUAGUUUCGCGGACGUAAUUAGAUAUAGCUGAUAAUG